GAAAUACACUUCUGUGUGAACGCAUAGGCGGUAAACUUGCUUUCGUGAGGAACGGCGCACGACUCAAGCGUGGAUAGAUCAAACGUGUUUGAUUUUCAGUCGUGAUAUACCGUUCGUGAAGCCAAGAUGUCGUCACAACGUGGAAUUAAGUUUAACGACAGUGAAACUACGCGUUUUUUGGAGUUAUACUCUAUGGAAAAGGUGUUAUAUGAUCCAAGUUUGGAGAAAUACCGUGAUAGAGAUUUACGUGCCGCCGCAGCUAAGAGAAUAAGUCAUGAAUUAAAUAUUCCUGGAUUUGGACCAAAAGAAGUUAUAUCAAAAUUCAAAAAUUUAAGAAGCUCUUUCUGUCAGGAGUUAAAAAAAAUAUCAGACAGUGCAAGGUCAGGAAAAGGUACAGAUGACAUAUACAAGCCAAAAGUAUUUUGGUUUGAUCAGAUGAACAGUUUUAUUCGUCCGUUUGUUCAACAGCGACCCACACAACCGAAUCUGGCACCAAAUACCCAGGCAACUUCUACAGAAUCCGAGAGCCAAAAUAAUACCGUACCAUCAAGAAAUAAAAGAAAAAUAAAAGAUCCCCUACCGAACGCAGUAGAUGUAUUAGAAAAAGCAACGCAGCACUUUUCCAAUACUUAUGAUGAAUUUGAUCUUUUUGGACAAACUAUAGCUGAACAGUUACGGCAACUUCCCCUAGAAAUAGCUCUGGAAACGGAGGAAAUGUUAUUGUCAACAGUACGAAAGCAACGAAUCAAAUUAGCAAAGAAACAGACGUCAAAUCAACAAGUUCGCCAUCCACCUUCUUCAGCUUAGAAUGUUUUUGUUCACCUUAAUAAAGUUUUUUAAGUUAUACUUCUUUUGGCGCGUUAGGGAAAAAUGAGAGUACAUUUUUACGAUGCGCGCGCACACCGUUAGAAAAAACCUACCCCUGAAGUUAGCUAUAGUCAACAUAUUACUUUAUACAACUUUUGAUGCUGUAUUUGUACGUUUCUACAAUGUUUCUACAAGAAUAUUUGUAGAAUACUUUAGCUAUCAUAAGCCUCUUGUAACUCACAUGUCUACUGAACUCCAACCAAUGGACGGGAAUUAAAUAGUAAAUAUCAAUAUGUAUAAGUUGCAUGCUGAAAUAAAAAAAUCCAUUUCUUUUUAGUAAUUUUUUUGGUAGACUACAUCCAGGAUCUCAGGCACAAAUUUUGAUAUAAAUGUACUUGAUGCCCCACUGAAUUCGUAUGAUAAGGGCAUAAAACUAUAUUUUCCAAUUGCUAAAAAACGCAGCGUAAUUUGAAGUAUACUAAGUUUUGCCGGCAAAGCUUCUCGACAUAAAAAAAGGUAAAGAGUUCUCAGUAAAAAGGUAACAUUAUCUUAAUUCAUUCGAAAAUAGUCUUUAUAGUUCUCACUUCUCAGCGAAUCUUCAUCUGCUAAUUCCGAGACUAACUUCAUUGCACCCAAAUGUUUUCUUGUUAACCAUCCUAGAAUCUACCGACAUCAAUUUAUGUCAAUAAAUUUUUUAAGUCUUGUUCAUAUUGUCUUUCUUUAAGUUUAUAGAGAAGCAUCUCUUUAGCUACAUUGAAUAUAGAAAAAUAUAACU